UAGUCGAAGCCUGCAGCUGGCGAUCACGCAACAACCGUAACACUUUUGUUCGAACCCGAGAUGCCCGAAUGCGUAAUUCAUUAUCGGCAUUCGGCUGGCCAAUGACGGUUACAAUUCCAAUUGAAUGAGUAAACAUAAUACAAUUAUUAAUAGAACAAUAGGUACAAUAGCCAAUAGGUCGAGUUAUCGCUUUUAUUAGUUUUAUUAUUAUUUAAUGUUUUAAUUCGGUUCUUACCAAACAAUGCACUGUGAAUGCAAAACAAUGAAAGCGCUUAAAAGUAUUGUGUUCGUUUUGACGAUAUUUACUACGUAUGUGGCUGCUGAUAGAAAGUUACACGUUGAAUUCAAUCCGGGAUGUCCGUUGGAGGAUCAUUGUUCUAAAUUUUCAAAACUUACAUACAUACGGGCUGAUGGUGAAAAUGAUACUGUACAUUUUGUACUCGAUGCCACUUUCAAACCGUCGUUGGUAGUUAUAGUAACAAACAAAGAUGCCGUUAUUCAAGUGAAUUAUACUGAUGAUCGGGACAACAAUAUCAAAUUUACCGAGUCUCCUCUGUACACGUUUGCAUCAGUGUUCAAUAACUUAUAUGAGUUCAAUGAUGUAAAUGACACAGCAAAUAUACAAAAUGGCAAAAAUUUUAUAAAAAUGGAUUUUAAGAAGUUUAAUUGGAAUACAACUCAAUCAAUAAACAAUAAUAAUGAAUCCGUUGAGAUUCUUCUCUCUGCUAAUUCAUAUAGAGCGCCUGGCAUUAACAAAACUGGUAUUGUAUCUGUUACGUUAAAAGUAUAUGGGAAAAAAGAUACCGGAUCUAAGUUGCCACAUCUUGUUCAUACUCCAGAAUCUGGCGAACUAACACUUACACUUAAUAAUUUGACUACAAAUUUUACCAAAUCACGUUUUGCAAUCGAAUUACUUACUUUUAGUUCUUUUCCAUUCAAUAAGUCUGAAGAAUUAUCGAGCAAUACAUUUUCAGAUGAUAAACUAUCUGGUGGCACAUUUUUAAAUUAUUUGUUGAAUGCAAAAGGAAAUGUGGAAGGAGGUGGUUUUCUAAGUUGGAAACCAGUUGUGUAUAAAGCAGAAAAUACACAUGCAUUAAAUUCUUCUUCUACAAUUCAGUAUGAAAUUCAAGAUCAUCUCUAUGAAAAUGACUGGAUUAACACCCCUCUAUUUAACAUGUACGGGAAUUCAUUAUUUGGCAACAGCUCUCAAUUUCUUUUAAAGUCAUUUAAUGUGUCUUUUGGACAACCCAAUGAUGAAUUUUAUGCAAAAUCUAAUUAUACUUAUUGGACCUUUUUGGUAGGAAUUGGUACACCUCCCCAUUCAAGUUUGGGUUUUCUAGAGUUGUCAAUCAUUGCUAGUCUUCUAUUAAUGUUGACAAUAACAAUGAUACUUAUAUUUUGUAUAUUUAUGCGUUGGAUGUCUAGUAAACGUAACUCUAUAGUUUAUGGACAAUGAAUCUUGAUUAAUACCUAUUAUCUGUAACACAGCUUAUUAAUUUAGCAAAGUUUAUGCUCAGAUUUAAAUGUCUUAAACAAAGUAUAUUAUUUUCUAUUUUAUUUUGUUGUUCUAAAGUUUUGAGCUAGUCCUAUAUAUUUUAAGAUUUUUAAUAAACGUGUGAUUAAUAUGGUACAUAAUCAUUCCAAAGUAACUUUUACUUGCUCAUAAUAUGACAAUUAAUAGUUUCCAUUUGAUAAUAAUAUUAACUAAAAGUAAUAAUCAAUAUUAUUAAGUUAGAAGUAAAUUUGUUAUGACAAGAUAAAUUAUAUUUUUCAAGAUGUACAUAAUAAACCAAUUCAUAAUGUAAUUAUUUGUAAAUUAAAAUUGCAGAUAUAUAUUAUAAUUAUAUUAUAUUCUUAUAUUAAAAAAAAUCUUCGACUAAAAUAAGACAAUUGUAAUGUUUAUAACUGUAUUAUAUAUUUAUUUAUUUAUUAUUUGACAUGUAUAACUCUCAUUUAAAUACUUUAUUAUAAUUAUUUUAGUAAUAAGUAUUAUACAGGUUAUUGUUAAUUUUAAUAUAAGUAAAACAUAAUUUGUUCUUGAAAAUUGUAUUGAUAAUAAUAUUCAUAAAAUAAUAUAUUGUGUACAUGAUUUAUUUUUAUAGAAGUUUCUUUUUUAAACAUUUAACUGUAUUUUUAGUUAUUCUAGAUAAAUUUGUUUUAUCUCCUUCUAAUUCAAUGGUUUUGAUAACAUUUUAUAUUUAUAUAUAUACGUGAUAUGGUUACACAUUAUAAGUUAUAUUUUUGUAAACAUGCUGUAUAAGUGUAAAAUCUCCAUUAUUAUAGAUUAAAUAUAAUCAUGUAAAAUAAUUGAAGGGACUGAAAUAAAAAUAUAAAUCAGCAUAUAUUAAUUA